AGUAUCGCACAUGCAGCCUUACAGUGCUGGUAGUCAGUUCAAAUACGAUUCAGAUCCUUCAUCCCUGCCCAGUUUGGUUUCUUAUUGGCAUUCUGACAUUCUUCUGAUCCAGGAAGUGCCCGAGAUUAUCACCAAGAAGCAUAUUGCUGUUAGAGAUUGUUUGAAGACCCAUCCUUCAAAAGUGAACCAUUGAAGUGAGCUCCCAAUGGAUCAAUGAUUAGAUAAUGUGCUUCAGAGAUGCUGAAGUAGGCCAUUUCUGUGCUGUGAAUCAGCUCGAUAAAGAAAACUUGGAAAAGACCGACCAUUGAAACAUCUUGGGACAACUGCAGGUGAUGAAAAUCUAUCAAGCACUUUGUAAACUGAAGUGGUAAGACGAAAUUCUCCAGACUAUGAGCUUGAGAGAUGAAUUUGGCCUGGUGGGAUGGAUGCGGCAGAAUUUGAGAAAAUCCAUAAUGUUUUGGAUCUUCAUUUUUCUACAAACACAAGCUAAUACUGAGGCACCUAAAGAAGCACAGUACAUUUGGACAACAGGCCAGUGGGGUCGAUGUAUUGGUGAAGACUGUGGUCCAAAUGGAGUACAAAGUAGAACAGUGUGGUGUGUUCACAUUGAAGGUUGGACAACGCACCAUUCCCACUGUAAGUAUGAAGAGAGACCAGAAAUUCAGAGAGACUGUUUCAAGGUGUGCGACUGGCACCAGGAACUUUUUGAGUGGGAAUUCUCAAAAUGGGGAGAUUGUACACGUCGUAUUGCUUCAAAUAAAGUUGAACCAAGGACCUCCAACUGUGUCACUGCACAGCAGGGACUGCAGCAUAGGAAAGUACACUGUGUACGAAAAUCCAACCGGUCGCUGGUGUUAGACGAGAUUUGUGAAUUCUUUAUACCUAAGCCUGCCUCGGACCAAGCCUGCCUCAUUCCCUGCCCACAAGAUUGUGUUGUGUCGGAGUUCUCCACCUGGUCAACCUGCAGCAAAGGUUGUGGGAAAGGAUUACAACAUCGUGUUCGUUCGGUAUUAUCACCACCGUUGUAUGGAGGUAAUACCUGCCCAUCUCUAACAGAAACUAGAAGCUGUGAUAUACAGGUCUCCUGUUUGGUUGGGGAGGAUGAGUUUCAGUACAGUUUGAAAGUAGGUCCCUGGAGUGACUGCACACUGCCACACCAAAGACAAAUCUGGCAAAAUGGCAACACAGUUCUGAACUUUAGCUUGCAAUCGUCAGGAAAGAAUCACGUGAAACAUCCAAUCCACCAGCAUUCCAAGGCAUGGAAUAUAGAGAUAGGAUAUCAAACAAGACAUGUGCAUUGUAUGAGAAGUGAUGGAAAAAACACCAUGCUAAGCCUUUGUAUUCGUGGUGACACUCCUGCAAUCUUUCAAUCAUGUGUCAUGCCUAGUGAUUGUGAAUUUUCUGAAUGGUCUGAAUGGAGUUCAUGCACCAAGACAUGUCGAUCAUCUGACUAUUCUCCAGGGUAUAGAAGCAGAAUUCGAUUCAUAAAGCGUGUAGCUAUCGGUGGUGGCAAAGACUGUCCCAAUCUUGAGGAAAAAGAAACUUGUAAUAUUGGAGGAGAAAGAUUGCCACCAUGUCAGAGGUAUGUUUGGAAAGCCACAGACUGGAAUGAGUGCCAGGUGAAGCCUCUACUCAGUCAGCAAGACCGACGCAGAAGCAAUGAAUCAACUUUGUGCGGAAGUGGCAUCCAGGCUCGAGAGGUUUACUGUGCACAGAAGACAGGGGAAGUUAGCAAACAACAUUUAAAAGAAGUGUUCAGACCAAUGGAUCACAGCCUGUGCAUAGGACCAAUGCCAGUUACUUCACAGCUUUGUACCAUUGCCUGUCCUACUGACUGUUCAGUUUCAGCCUGGUCGGCAUGGAGACCCUGCAUCCCUGAGAGCUGCCAGGAUCCUCAACGGACUAAAGGCUUUAAGAUGAGAAGACGUCAUGUUAUCAGAGAGCCCACUGGAAAUGUGGGAAGGUGCCCACAUCUUGUAGAAGCCAUUCAUUGUGAGGAGCCAGUCUGCUAUCAUUGGCAUGUGCUUGAACAGAGCCUCUGCGUGACAGAAAAUAAUCAAACGUGUGGCAGAGGGACCUACAACCAAACAAUAUUGUGCAAGAAUAACCAAGGGGAGGUAACAUUAGAUGAGCUAUGUGGAGAGCCCUAUCUUCCCAGUCAUGGUAUCUGCACAGUGCCCUGUCCAUCUGACUGCAUUCUGAGUGAAUGGUCAGAGUGGUCAGUUUGUUCGCGCUCAUGUUCCAGCAAAAAUGCAGAGGGCAAGCAAAGCAGAACCAGAUACAUUAUAGCAGUAGCUGGAGAAGGUGGAAAUCCUUGUCCUGGUAGCCAUACUUUGCAAGAAUGGCGAUCUUGUAAUGAGCAUGGCUGCAUGGUAUUCUAUUGGGAUACAUCACCAUGGGGUCCUUGUACAGAAGAUACAGCAGUGAUGUCCCUCAAUGCUACAAUCAGUUGGAAUAACAAGGCCACAUGUUCUGUAGGCAUGCAGACUCGAUGGGCUCUUUGCAUGAAAAGCAAAUUUGGACAUGUUUCUCCCAAAAGGUGUCCUGAAAAUACCAGGCCUGAAACUGUUCGCCCAUGCCUAUUACCAUGUAAAAAGGACUGCAUUGUCACCCCGUUCAGUGAAUGGACACCUUGCCCUACUCAAUGUCAACAAGGUAAUUCUUCCUUUGCCAAACAAUCUCGCUACAGAAUAAUCAUCCAGAAGCCUGACAAUGGAGGACAGGAGUGUCCAGAUACUCUAUAUGAAGAAAGAGAAUGUGAAGCACGUCCUCCUUGUCCAAUUUAUAGGUGGAAAACUCAUAAGUGGCAUCACUGUAUCUUGGCACCUGAUUAUGUCAGACAAGGAACAAUUGGAGCAACUGAGGCCUGUGGCUCUGGUUUACAAGCCAGAGGUGUGACCUGUAGAACAGGUAAUGAUCAGAAUGUGGACUCUAUUGGGUGCUUGAAGUGGGCAGGACCCAUACCUGUACUUGUGCAGAAAUGUCGUAUUCCCUGCCGUGAUGAUUGCACGUUGACAAACUGGACCAAGUUCACUCCCUGUGUAGGAGGUUGUGGAUCAACACAUAGUCGGAGAAGAUCACUGAUAGGAAAAAGCAAGAAGAAAGAGAAGUGCUUCAAGGAGCCACUAGUUGAGACCAAGACUUGUCCAUGUGACAAAUAUUUCAGCCAACCACAAGGGAAUUGGUCAGAUUGUAUUCUUCCUGAAAACAUGGUGACACUGCUACUUGGCAUGAAGGAACAAGGAGAUGUCAAAGACUGUGGGCAGGGUGUACAUUAUCGAGCCAUAGCCUGCUAUGACCAAGAUAAGAAGUUAGUGAACCCUUGGCUUUGUAGCAAUUCUGGGUAUAUUGAAGAGACUUGCAAUUUGCCAUGUCCAUCUGACUGCAAGUUAAGUGAAUGGUCAAACUGGUCAGUGUGUAGCAAAUCCUGUGGAAGUGGAAUUCAGAUCAGAUCCAAGUGGCUGCGGGAGAAGUCAUAUAAUGGUGGCCGCCCAUGCCUUAAACUUGAUGUGAAGAAUCAGGUGUAUGAUCGAGUUCCCUGUCACAGAGAUUGCAGUAAAUUUAGCUGGGUGGCUGAACCAUGGUCUGAUUGCAGAAUCAACAAAAAGUCAAUGCAUAAAUGUGGAGAAGGUGUUCAGACUCGGAAAGUGAGAUGUGUGAAUAACACAGCUGACAGGCUUCAAGAGAGUGUGGACGAUGAAUUGUGUAAUUAUGAUGAAAUGCCCAUUGGAGCUCGGGAAUGUUCUCUCCACUGUCCAAAUGACUGUGUAAUGUCUGAUUGGGGCCACUGGAGUACUUGCCCAAAAGAAUGUAACAUCUUGAACAUUCGUGUUCGAACCCGGUAUCCUCUACGCUUACCAGCCGAUGGGAAAACCUGCCCAAAAAUCUCUGAAGUGGAGCCCUGCACUCUCAACAAAAACUGCUUUCACUAUCAUUACAACAUCACAGAAUGGAGUACUUGCCAGCUGAGUGAUAAUGCAGUUUGUGGACAAGGGCUAAAGAUUCGUUUGCUUAAUUGUGUGCGAAGUGAUGGAAAGUCGGUCGAUAGCGACUACUGUGAAAAGAUGGAACUGGAAUCUCCUUGGCAUUUAUCCAUGUCUUGCUUUGUGGAAUGUCCUGUAAAUUGUCAGCCGUCAGAGUGGUCAUCUUGGUCUGAGUGUUCCCACACUUGCGGACUUGAAGGUCGAAUGAAGCGUGAUAGGCAUGUACUACAAAAGACCCAUGGAGAGGGAAGACCCUGUUCCUCUCAGCUAGUUCAAUACCGACCUUGCCUUAUUAAGCCAUGUUAUAGCUGGGAGUUUGGUGAAUGGUCUGCAUGUAAAGUUGAGGGAGCACAAUGUGGUGAUGGUUUUAAAGUGCGUAACCUCUCUUGUAUCGUUUAUGAUGGAAGACUCCAAGGUUCAGCAAAGGUGGUGGACAACGAAAUGUGUGGUAACAGGCCAGUUGGAAUAUCUGAUGUUGUGUGGGGCUUAAAGGUUCCUUGUUCAGUGCCUUGUCCAGGUGACUGUCACCUAACUGAGUGGUCUACGUGGAGUUCAUGCCAGCUGAUCUGUCUGGAUGGAAAGAGAUUUGAAACAACUGGUCGCCAAACCCGUUCCAGAGCUGUAAUUGUUCAGGCAUUGGAAAACCAGGAAAAUUGCCCUGAACAAAUGUGGGAGGAGCAGCAUUGCACAGAGGGUAAUUGUCACGAAUAUGAGUGGAGGACAAGUCCCUGGAAUGGUAAUGAGCGAACUGUAUGGUGCAUCCGUUCAGAUGGUGUGAAUGUGACAGGAGGAUGCUCUCCGCUGAAUCAGCCAACUGCUACCAGACACUGCCAUCCAUCCUGCACUAAACCAUACUCCUUCUGUACACAGGGAGGUGUAUGCGGCUGUGAGAAAGGCUAUAUGGAAGUGAUGACUCCUUAUGGAUUCCUUGAUUACUGCACUAAAAUUCCUGAACGAGAGGAGAAGAAAGCUGAUGUCAAGACGAGUGUGGGGAAGAACAAGCUGGGCAACUCAAAAUUCCAAUCAUUUUUUAAAGGAUGGUCCAUUGAACCUUUUGAUCCUGAUGGUAAACCAAAGGUCUGGGUGUAUGGAGUGUCCACUGCUAUGGUAGUCCUCAUUAUCUUCAUUACUGUCCUUUCAUAUCUGGUCUGCAAGAAACCAAAGCAGCAGACUCGUCCAGCUCCUCAGCAGAAGCCUCUGACUUUAGCCUAUGAUGGUGAUUUGGACAUGUAAUGAGUUCAGGAAAAGAAACUCUUCCUUUGUCCUGUUCAUAUUAAUUGGAUGACAGAAGCCUUAAACUUACUUCAGUGUCACAAGCAUGAGCAAAGAAGACAAAACUCAAAAAGUAGCCUUGAGGAAUGUCUCAAACCAUAUCAUUCCUGUGGGGAGAAACAAUUUUCAGAAACUCCAAAUGUGCUCUUAUAUUGAAAUGUGAAAGUCAGCAACCUAACAUGACCGAAAAUGGCUAUUAAAAUUGUAUUCAUUCUUUAAAAUGUUUAGUUUAUGAAAUGAACACCAAGACUGAUUAAACAGCAUUUCUUGUUCAUUUUUCAUAUUAACAAAUUGAAAAAAAAUUGCAUAGAAUUCCCAGUACAAAGGUAUGAAGACAAUUCAAAAGAAAUCACAUAUUGUAUUUACAACUUGAUGUCUGUGAAUGCAUUUCUGAAGGCAAGUACUGCUUAUUGCUCAACAAUUACUUUGACCUGAAAGGAGUUAUUGAACAUUCUGUGGAACAAUCUGCACUAUAUUAGUGCAUCAUGAUUUCCUGCAUUUAUUGAACGAGCAAAAAUGUACAGUAACAAGGAUUUCAAUAUCGCUUAAAGCUUGGUCUUCUCAAGUGACUUACUCUGUAAGAGAACAGUACUAGUCUUAUCAGAGAAGAGAUGACGUGUAAUGUUGUGGAGCCUUAAUGAGUAUUUUGUAAUGAAUGUCUUUUCUCAAAUGAGAUAAGACCCAACAUUUAAUUAGAAGUUAAAAUGCUCCUGAUAGGAUAGAAGAAUUCUCAGUAAGUGAAGAUGACUUUUUCAAUAGAGAAUAAUAAAUGGUUCACAAUUUCUGCCUUCUGUUCCAUUUCUAAUUAUUACGAAGCAUAAGACAUGGCCAACUGUAAAUAACAUUCUGGCUGUACACCAAACAAAAUAACACAUUGAAUGAUUAAAAAUUUGAUUCAGACAGUUUCAAGUUUGCCAUUAAACCAUUGUUUUCCAUUCCACUUGGUACAUCUAAAGUGGCAAGAUCCAGUAAGUAGUGACUUUUAUUUUCCUUCUAGAGAUUUAUGGUAAAAUAGAACAAUCUUGCAAUGGUGGAUGAUACCUAAACAAUGGUUUAUUUACAUUUUGAGCUCAAAAGAUAGGUACCUUUAAAUUUGGUUGAUGAAUUUGGCCAGCUGCCUGGAAAACAAUUAUUUAAUUAUUAUGGUGGUUGUGCUAUUCAAAUAACAAAUGUUAACUUAGCUUUUACUGAUCUUCAUUUGUGAGCCUCAAGAGAAAAGUAUUAACAGCUGGUAAAGCGUGUUUGUUACUUUGAAAUGUAUUCAUUGCUCCA